CUGAAGCCAGGAACAAGAGUCCUCUGGCUGUGACUACAUUAUCAUGAUAUAGUUAUCAAGAGAGCUUGAUCUACCGGCUUGCAACGUUUUGUGAGGCCCCUGGGAAUGUUUCUUCCUCUGAAAUUGGAGAUCAUAAAGCAGUUGUGAAGCUUUCAGAUGACUCAAAUGGAGCAAAACUGAGAAACAUUUGCCCUGAAACAGGAGGCUUGAGGAAAAACCAACAAAAAAGAAGAAAAGCCUCACCAGACUUGCAUCAGCCUUAAAGUACCUCCCAGAGGUCUUCUUAAGGUGUCCCCAGGCUGAACGCUGUGCUUGCCGUGGCCUGCAGGGAUUGGUCAGGAUUUGGUCCCAACUAGGGCGACCACCUGUUGUUGUCCUUCUCCAGUCCUGCCCUAGAAGCAGAGUGAGAAGAGACACUCAGCCCCCAAGGCUAGCACACAGGACCGGAACCCACUUCCCCCAGAUCCCAACUUAAGAGCUGAGGAUUUAGAGUUGGAAGAACCUGAGAGAGCCUCUGAUCCAUCCUCUCAUUUUACAGGAAGGGGUCUGUGUGAGAAGCGUGUCUGAUGUGUGAGAUGGCCGUCUGAGUCACAAAUUCCUGCUUCGUGAGGAGCCUGGCCUCAACAUGGCCACGGGGGACCUGGAGGUGCUGGACAGGGGUCUGGGCUGCCCCGAGGCCAUGGAGGAGCUGACCAAGUCAGUGGAGAGAUCCAGGGAAGAAUCACAGGAGGAGGAGGAGGCCGAAGGUAGUGAGAAGGCAGAAAGUAAAGAAGAGACGAGCAGCCAGGUGCAGGUGCAGGUGCAGGUGCAGGGGCCGGCUGAGGAGGAGCAGGCCCUGGAUGGGAUCGGGGACGGUGCCAGGAAGCCCUCCAAGGUGAAGGCAGAGAAGGAGCACUUGGCCGACAAGGGGGGCUCAGGAAAGGAGAGAGGGAAGACAGCUGCAGCUCCGAAGAGUGCCCCAGCUAGGAAGAAAACCAAGGGCCAGUCCCAGCCCCAGGUGAAGCCACAGCCCCGGGCACUGGGGCCCACGUUCGAUGAGCUGCCUUGGGGAGAGAUCACCCUCAACAAGUGCCUGGCGCUGGCCUCAGUUGUGGCUGUCCUCAGCAUGGCCUUCCAGGUGUUCCAGGAUGUCAUUGAUGGGGAGGAGGAGGGCCCUGAGGCUGCCCCUGCCCUGUGGGCCUGGCCAGGCAGCAGUGCCCCGAGGGACAGCAGACCCAAGCUGCCCAAGCCCAGAGACUGGGCUAAGGCGUCAGCACCAGCCGCACCUCCAGGGCCAAAGCCCCAGACUGCCGUGGUCAAGGAGGCCUCACCCAAAGAGCCGGACACAGAGGGGCAAGAAGCGGAGGGUAAGGUGAGUCCUGGCCCGGCCCCAGAAGCAGCCGUUCUGCCUGAGGACCCCCGCCCCAGCUCCAAGGUGGCCAAGCCAGAGAAGCCGCCCUGGGCAGCGCUGCCCAAGAAGGAGGAGAAGGCCAAGGACAGGAAGGGCUUCCGAGAGGACAGGGCUGAGCCCCCGUGGCGGGAAAAGAAGGAGGGCGGCCAUAGGCCGAGGCCGCGCCAAGAAGGGAAGGAGGAGGCCCCACGCAGGCCCUGGGAGCGGGAGCAGGAGCACAGGCGCCCUGGCAGGCAGGAGGACUCCAAGAGGGCCCGGGAUGGACCCCGGAGCAAGAGACAAGAGCAGAGGGGCCGCGGGGGGCGCGAGGGGCGUGAAGACAGGGACAGGUUCUUCCCCAAACAGAAGCACCGGGAAGGAAAGCGGAGGGACUGAGGAGGCCCGAGGAGGCCCGUCCCUGGCUCCCAGAGGGCACAGCCCUGCGGCCCAGCAGCCGUCGGCCCUGGCCAUCCGGCCCGGCCAUUCCACCCCUGCUCCCUGCGACGUGUGGCCACCUGGGUUCAAAUCCUGUGUGAUUUGAGCAAGACACGUCCCUGAACCUCAGCUUCUCCUCCUAGAAAAUGAGGACUGACCACCCCUGAGCGACUGUGACCGCGGAGGGGAUUGCCGUGGGGGGGAUCGCCGCGGAGGGCUGCGGGGGAGUGUGCAGCCUCUCUGGGUGGCCGAGAGCUGCCACCAUGGCUGCGCCCCCAGCCCCUCCCCCAGCCUCCCGAGGCUGGUUCAGUUCCAGGUGCACGGUCUGAGUUUGUUAUAAAGUGAAUGUUUAAAAAUAAAAACACCGUCGU